GAACGCCCCCCCCACCACCGCUACAAGAAGGGGGGCUCCGUGGGCGGCGUGUGCUACCUGUCGAUGGGCAUGGUCGUCUUGCUCAUGGGCCUCGUGUUCGCCUCCGUCUACAUCUACAGAUACUUCUUCCUCGCACAGCUGGCCCGGGACAACUUCUUCCACUGUGGCGUUCUCUACGAGGACUCCCUGUCCUCCCAGGUCCGCACUCGGAUGGAGCUGGAGGAGGACGUGAAGAUCUACCUCGAAGAGAACUAUGAACGCAUCAAUGUGCCCGUGCCCCAGUUCGGCGGCGGGGACCCUGCAGACAUCAUUCAUGACUUCCAGCGGGGGCUCACCGCCUACCAUGACAUCUCCCUGGACAAGUGCUAUGUUAUCGAGCUCAACACCACCAUCGUGCUGCCCCCUCGCAACUUCUGGGAGCUCCUCAUGAAUGUGAAGAGAGGGACCUACCUCCCGCAGACGUACAUCAUCCAGGAGGAGAUGGUGGUCACGGAGCACGUCAGCGACAAGGAGGCCCUGGGCUCCUUCAUCUACCACCUGUGCAGCGGGAAGGACACCUACCGGCUGCGGCGCCGGGCUACCCGGAGGCGGAUCAACAAGCGAGGGGCCAAGAACUGCAAUGCCAUCCGCCACUUCGAGAACACCUUCGUGGUGGAGACCCUCAUCUGCGGGGUGGUGUGAGGGCCUCCCCUUCCAGGCCCCGCCCUUGCCCUCUUCCUUCUUUCCCUUCUGGCCACUCCGGCCCUCCUCCUUCCCCUCGCUUAGCUUGUACUUUGGACCUUUCCAUAGAUGUGACGUGUCUCCUGGUUCCUUUCCAGCCCUGCCCGCCUCCCUGUACCAGAGCCGUGACCUCUUGAGGCCCCACCUCUUCCGAGCUCCCAGGUCUGGGGGACAGGAGGGCGCCACAGGGUGGUUUCUGGGACCACCAUCCUGAAGUCAGGUCCGCUGGGGCCAGCCCACAGCUGCACUGGCAGCCCAGGGGGAGGGCUAGACGGAGGGACCGGGCAUGUGGGGGUCCUGGGCAAGGGGACAGGGUGGGGUGUGGUAUGGGGUUCAGAGAUAUCUGCACAGUUGGGAAAGUCCCAAAAGGCUUGUUCCUUGGACAGCACAUUUCCUCCUGCGUCCAGAUUCCCAGACCUGGGCUGAGGGUAGGGUCAUGUGCCCAGGGAUGGACCCCCCCCCCCCAGAGCACAAGGGAAGACGGUGUCCUGGGGCUCUCCCCCCAGGACUCCUGUCAGUGCCUUCAGCCCACCAAUGGGAGCCUGGAGCGAGGGGUGGGGAUGAGUCCGUCAAGCACAAUCGUUCUCCGAGUGGAACCAAAGAAGGGAGGAGCCAGGGCCCCCCGCCCUGGCCCCCCAGGAGCACAAGUGAGGUCCUGCAGCCAUGGCCACAGGAAGGGGACAGAGCGAGGUGGGCGGCCUUGCGGGGCUGAGCGCUGAGCAGAGACGAGGGGGUGGGCUCGUUGCUUUCUCCAAGCUUGGAGCUGUUUGAGAAGAUAAUGUGGGGGGAAGGGAGAGCCACCUGGUACUUGUGCACCCUGCCUCCCCCUCGUUCUGAAAUUCCGUCCCCCGGCUUUGGAGGAAUGCAGCCUUUUUUCCCUUUUCCUUCUCACUUUUGCAUGUUUUUACUGAUCAUUCAAUAUGCUAACCGUUCUCAGCCCUGAGCCUUGAAAAGGAGGCUUCGACGCCUCCAGCCAGACUUAGGUGCUCUCUGGAGAUGAAAGUCUUAAAUGCUUUGUAUAUUUUCUCAGUUAGAUCCCUUUUCAGAAGUGUCUGUAGAACAAUAAAAAUGUUUGACUUC